CCUCCAGGCCGCCGGCUCCGCCAUGAAUCCGUUAUUCGGGCCCGACCCCUGCCCCCGGCCGCAGGAGCGGCGGGGCCCGGCGCGGCCCGUCCCGGAGCCCCCUCCGGCCGCCCUCUCCCCCCCGGGGGGACCCGGGGGUCCCGCCGCCAUGGCGCUCCGCAACGACCUGGGCUCCAACAUCAACGUCCUGAAGACCCUCAACCUGCGGUUCCGCUGCUUCCUGGCCAAGGUCCACGAGCUGGAGCGGCGCAACCGGCUCCUGGAGAAGGAGCUGCAGCAGGCCCUCCAGGACGGACAGCAGGCCCGCCGCGGCCCCCCGCCCCACCGCCGGCACCAGGCCGUGCAGACCUCCCUCCUGCCCCCCCUCCGCCCGCUCCGCCCCGCCGGGGCCCCGCGACCCUCCGCCCGGGUGCCGGCCUCCCCCGCCCGCCCUCCCGGGACCGCCCCGACGACCCCGACGGCCCCGACGGUCCCCCCGGCCCCGCCCGGCCCGGGCUACUCCUCGUCGGCCCGCUUCGUGCCCGGCACCAUCUGGUCCUUCUCGCACGCCCGCCGGUUGGGGCCCGGGCUGGAGCCCACCCUGGUGCAGGGGCCCGGCCUGUCGUGGGUGCAUCCCGAUGGCGUGGGCGUCCAGAUCGACACCAUCACCCCCGAGAUCCGGGCCCUCUACAACGUGCUGGCCAAAGUCAAGCGGGAGCGCGACGAGUACAAGCGCAGGUGGGAAGAGGAGUACACCGUACGGGUUCAGCUUCAGGAGCGGGUGUCCGAGCUUCAGGAGGAAGCCCAGGAGGCCGAAGCUUGCCAGGAGGAGCUGGCUAUGAAGGUGGAACAGCUCAAAGCUGAACUGGUGGUCUUCAAGGGCCUUAUGAGCAAUAACCUGACGGAGCUGGACACCAAGAUCCAGGAGAAAGCCAUGAAGGUGGACAUGGACAUCUGCCGCCGCAUCGACAUCACGGCCAAGCUCUGUGACGUGGCCCAGCAGCGCAACUGCGAGGACGUGAUCCAGAUGUUCCAGAAGAAGCUGUCUCUGCACUUGUCUCCCAUCAAGGUCCCGGCCAUGGCGGGGCGGAAGAGGGACCGCAAAGCGGUGGGCGAGGAGGAGGCCCCCCAGCCCGAGGGGGAUGGGCCGCGCCAGCCUGCCGGCGACGAAGACGAGAGCACGGCCCUGAGCAUCAACGAGGAGAUGCAGCGCAUGCUCAAUCAGCUGCGGGAGUACGACUUUGAGGACGACUGCGACAGUCUGACCUGGGAGGAGACGGAGGAGACGCUCCUGCUGUGGGAAGAUUUCUCGGGCUACGCCAUGGCGGCCGCGGAAGCUCAGGGCGAGCAGGAAGACAGUCUGGAGAAAGUAAUCAAGGACACGGAGUCCCUGUUCAAAUCCCGGGAGAAGGAGUACCAGGAGACCAUCGACCAGAUUGAGCUGGAGCUGGCCACGGCCAAGAAGGACAUGAACCGGCACCUGCACGAGUACAUGGAGAUGUGCAGCAUGAAGCGCGGGCUGGACGUGCAGAUGGAGACCUGUCGCCGCCUCAUCACCCAGUCUGGAGACCGGAAGUGUCCUGCUUUCCCCCCGGCUCCCUCCACCGACGCGUCGGCCAGCCAGGCCGAGGAAGCCGAUCACCAUGGCCCAUCUGACGACUCCACGAGAUAGGGGACGCCCCUCCUUCGGCCCCCCACCCCCACUGCGCCCACUCCAGGGGCCUCCCCCAGACGAAGGGACGGAGGGAGGGAUGGGGCCGCGGUGCAUCCGGCUGCCGCCCCUUUCCCCUUCCCAGGCCCGGACUACAGUUGCUGCUGGAUGGGGGCCCUGCCUUCCUCCUCCUCCCUGCUGGCUGGAGCCAGACCUCCACCUUUGGCCCCUGUUACUGGUGCUAACUGGACUCACUGGUUUGAACUGGACAGUGCUGGUGGGCACAGGCCCCAGCCGAGGUUCUUGCUGCCUCGGGGGGAGGCUGGGACGGAGCCGACCCCGCUGCUGGCUUCGCUGCUCUGUCCGUGUUUUGCGUGUUUGGGUGUGUGUGUACGUAUGUAUGUAUGUAACCCCCAGAAGAGGGCACACGCCCCUCUGCCCCCCUCGCCCCAAGUGCCAUGCAUUAAAGGGGUCAUUCUGUCCA